CUUCAUCAAAUGGAUUCAUCUUCACUCAUCAAAAACCUAAUUUCAUAAUAAACCCUAGGGUUUUUGAACAUGCGUUUCGACACUGGGAGCUAGCACUAUUUUCUAGGGUUUUCUCUCCGAGUUUUAGCUAAUUUCUUCCUUAAGCUAUAAAGAUGAAGAAAAGGCAGAAUAUUGCCGACGAGUCGAAUUCUGAAUUUGAUAUCAAGUCUCUUAUCCAUGAGAAUUCUGUGUUCUUCGACAAAUUGAUUGAGCUUAUUCCUGCUAAGUUCUAUUUACCUGUUGAUGAUACGGAUAAGAAAUGGUUCCAAGGUCUUAGCAAGGGUGAGAAAGCGUUGGCAAAGAAAGAAUCUAGAGAAAAUAUUAAGAAAGCGCGGAGACAGAGGCUUGAUCCGGAGAAGUCAUCAGCGACUACUCUCGAUUUGCUUAUGAAAAAUUUGGAAAACGAAAAGGCAGAAGAGGAUGAGGGUAGUGAUGAGGAGGAAGUGGAGAUUAAUCCAAGGAUAACUGAUGGUGAUAAGUCGGCAACUUAUGAAGAGCUACGGCAACGGCUUCAUCGCAAAAUUGAAGAGCUUCGUGGAGGUCGGAGUACUGGUGGUUCGGAUAGAGUGAGGAAGAACAAAGGAAUUCUACAAAAGAAACGCAAGAGGGAAUCAGAGUCGGAAAAUAAGGGGCCUGCAUCAAAGGAAUCAACGAAAAAAGCAGAUAAGGAUUCCGCAGCAAAAGAGGACCCAAAAGAUUUCAAGUUCAGUCAUGUUAAGCUCGGAGAUGAAGAACACGGAAAGAACAAGAAAAGAAAGUUUUCGAAAGUAAAGGAACUCGAAAAGGCGAAACAAUUGAGGGACGCUAAGAAGGAUCCGGAGAAAGGGGAUAUUAUCACGAAGAAGCAUUCAUGGAAAGCAGCGGUCGAUAGAGCUGCGGGGAUCAAGGUUCAUGAUGAUCCGAAACUGUUGAAACAGAGCUUGAAGAAGGAGAAGAGGAGGCAGCAAAAGAACGCGGAGAAAUGGAAGGAGAGAAUUGAAUCACAGCAGAAAAUGAAAGCAGAAAAACAGCAGAAGAGAUCACAUAAUAUAGCGGAUAGAAUUCAACAGAAAAAGACUAGGAAAAUUGCGAAAAGAGAGAAGAAACUCAUGCGGCCCGGAUUCGAGGGUCGGAAAGAAGGUUACAUUAAUGAAGCUCCAAAUGCAGGUACUGCAGUUUAGAAAUUUGUACAUGUAAUUCACUAGCAGAAAGAAAGAUCAGUUUGAGUAAAUCUGUUCUUCGAGAGAGUUUUUUUUCCUGUCCUUGUCUUACCUUUAGUAUGUGCAAUUAUGCUGUUCGAAUGUUGAAUUUUAUUUGCAGUGAUGAAAUUAGAUGAUGCUGUGAAUUAAUUUGAUUUGUUGGAUUAUGAGUUA